AUGAUUCCUUAUCGCCAAUUAUUUUCCAAUUACGCAAAAUUACAGUUUUACUUGAUUUUAAAGGUUGUGAAAACCGACGACCGUUCAGUGGCUCGGGAUCUGGGAAUCGUUACGUUCCCGUCAUUGGUGUACUAUCGAAGGAAACAUCCGAUUCUCUAUGAUGGUGAGUUCAAGGAUUCAGAGGACGUAUUACGUUGGCUACGAUCUCAUGAGGAGGUCGUCACUUGGGAUUUAACCGACGAUAAUUUCGAAACUCGUACCGAUUCACAUUCACCAGAUGAGGGUACACUCGAUUGGUUUGUGAUGUUUUACGAUGCUGAUGAUGCUCCAUGCAAUUCGUUUAUUGCCACGUGGGAAACGGUCGCCCAUAAGCUUCGUGGUCUGGUGAACGUCGGAAAGGUUGAAACAUCUGUGAACGAUGACGUCACUGAGCGAUUUCAUAUCGAUGAAAAUGACUGUCCGACUUUUCUGCUGCUUCACCGUGGUAAAAUGUAUCGCUAUAAAGAAACAGCGAAGGACGUGCGAACUCUCGUUAAUUUUGCCUUAUUCAAAUUUAAGGAACAACGGGGAAUGAGGAGCGUAACUGAUGCCCCUGAAUUCGGCGAGUAUGAUGCACAUAUCACUCAUGAAGACAAUCAGAUGGUGUCGGCGAUUGGCGUAGGCGGUCUGAUACUGAUGGUUGCCGUGACGCUCAUCAUCAAAGCAUAUCGAAUUAAACAGGCCGAUAAGGCGAAGAGUGCAUAG